GCUCAGAAUAACGCCGGAGACUUUACAGACAACUACACACAGCCUCUCUCUACUCACUGACGAGCACGAUCGCGCUUGGAUUAUAACUAUGACUCUGGAAGAGGUUCACGGACAAGAGAACACAAUGAACAACACAGACAGGUGAAUAUCUAACUCAAUCUUUUAUCGUUUUCAAAGCUGUUUGGUGUUUUUUUUUUACACUUCACCAGAUUGUGCUCGGUGUACUGAUGAUGUGUAUUUUUCACUCCAAAGGGUGCAAAGUGCAGGCGCAGCCCUGGAGGAGCUGCUUGUCUCUGCUAAGAAGCAAGACUACCUCACAGUUGGAGUUUAUGAAUCUGCAAAAGUCAUGAAUGUGUAAGUAUUGAACUCUUUGAACGUCUAAAACAAUUGCCAUUUGUUCAUUUAUACGUGUUUUGUGUUAUUUUAUGAUCGUGAAAGGGAACCACAUUCUCACCAUCUGUCUCGCUUUCCCCACAGUGAUCCAGACAGCGUGGCAUUCUGUGUCCUCGCAACCGACGAGGAGUACGAGUGUGACAUCGCUCUGCAGAUCCACUUCACCCUCAUUCAGGCUUUCUGUUUCGAGAACGACAUCAACGUGGUGCGCGUUAACGACAUCGAUCGCCUGGCAGACCUCGUGCGUGCAGACGAGACCGGCGAGCCCAAGGACGCGCACUGCAUUCUUGUCACGGUACGUUUCCCCGUAUGCACCCACGCUCAGCCAACCACCAGCCAGUGAAUCAUUCAUGCAUCACCUCCCCUGUCUGACUUUUGUGCACGGUUACUGCAUGACUCUAAACGUGUCUUCUUCGCUUUUCAUUCCAGAGCCCCAGUGCAAACCCGUGGAAAGACCCGGCGCUUGACAAGCUGAGUCUGUUCUGCGAGGAGAGCCGCAGCGUGUACGACUGGGUACCCACCAUCACACUCCCAGAGCGCUGAAGUGACAUUCCACCAACAAUGCUUCACAUGCUGAUGAUGAAGAUGAUGAAAAGAAGAGUCAUGGAGCUGAGCUUCAGCUAUGGGUGAUGAGCCUUACUGCUGCACAUGGCAGGAUUAAGAGGCUGCAAGAAUGGUGCACCCUUCCAGUGCAUUCUGGGUCAGUACGGUGGCUUCUGGAUUACCCUUGAGGAAGGGGGUUCAAGUUAAGAGGUCGAGGAGUGGACUGGGUCAUGUGUUUUGAAGAGUGGACCAGAAAGCCUGAUGGACACUGAGAAGGAUUUGGAGUGUGCUGCAUAGUGCAUGAAAAGUUAUGACCCACUUGCUGCCCUAGAUUGAAGGCGAUGGGGAAUGGAGCAAAGAAGGUCACAGAAAUAUAGACUGUGCAAGAAAUGGACACCUGAAAGUGCAAAGGCUGGACUGAAUCUCCUUAAAGAUGAUGCAGAUUCAGAAGAUCUUGAAAUGGACUUAAAGUUUCUUUUUCAGUGCAGCUAUCGGGAAGUUCUUGGGGACUUUGCUUGCAAAUCCUGAUCUGAGCUGCAUCUGCAACAAUUUUUUUUCCUGGACUGAUUUUUACUUUGAAGUAUGCACACAAAGCAAUGCAAUAUGAAAGUGAAUUGUACUCAUUUUUAAUGUUUUGUGAAUAAAAAAACUGAAAUCAAACUCA